AGGUAAAUGGAAUAUUAGAAAAGUUAGGAUGAUAGAUCUUUGGAGAAAACUGAAUGGAGACAAAAGCUUAGUUAGGAUUUGGCUUCCUUCUUCCUGGAAAUCCCAAUCUUUGAGGAGCAAAAAGACACAAACACAGAUAUGUGAUACACUCCUUAGAGAAAUUACCCGUCGAGUUCAGAGAAACGAUGGUUUUGAAAAUCGUGCUCAUUGCUGCUCUCCCAGCGUUGCGUCCUGCCGAGCACAUCACCUGAGAAUCUCAAAAUAGAAAAUGUUAUCAAAUGUUAUCAUAGGGUUGCCUGUGCGACUCAGGACAUUUUAAAAGAUUAUCUGUCCUGUGCUGGGUUAUCCCCAGUUUAGUGGUGGAAAAAUUAACAUUUUAAAAAUAAUCCAGAGACUAUCCUUUGAGGAAAUGGAUCAUCAGCAUUUCAAGGAUCCGUGAUUUUCAUUAGUAUUUUUAUUUAAUUUCUUUCAGCAACCCAGAUUUUGGCGUCUCCAUGUCCUAGUGCACCAUUUCUCCAACCCCUUUUAAUCUCUACUUCCUAGAGUCCCAGAUUUGCUCGCUUCCUUCAGAGCACAGGCGCCACCUCCUCCUGGAGACCUUUCCUGUUGUCUUCCAGCUGUGAAGCGUCCAAACUUUCCCACACACUCUGUGCAGUCUCCCCCCUCCCCCAUGACUUUAUAUUUACUCUGUAUAUCUCCCCCCGGAUAACUGAGGCACACACCAGGAACAAAUUGUCUUUGUAUACCUAGUGCCUUGCUUUGUAACAGAUUCAUCAGGGUAGGUGUUCCGGGAAAGGAAAAGAGAGGGAAAACUCAUGUAUGUGGCACCUGCGCCGGGAUGGGCACAAUGCUAAGUGCUUUACAGAUAUUUUCUCACAGCUGCCGAUAAUCCUGCAAAAUAGGUACUGAUAUCCCCAUUUUACAGGUGAGGAAACUGAGGCAGACAGGUGAAGCGACUUACUCAGGGUCACCCGAACAGUAAGUGUUAGUAAAAAUGCUUAUCAAGCCGAAAAUUCAUCACUAGCAGACUGAUCUCAGCUUGUCUGGAAACUUUUCCAGCAAUGAAAGCUGUCCAAAAGGGAAUUGGGCUGCUUUGGGGGAUGGUGGCUUCCAUCUCUUUUGAAGAACACAAGCAAGGUUGGGGCAGGCCUUUGCUUUUUUCUGCCCUGUAGAGUGAGAGUGAGAGAGAGAGUGUGAGUGUGUGUGUGAGUGUGUGUGUGUGUGUGUGUGUGUUGGGCUAGGGAGACGAGUGAUAGAUCUAAGUCUAUGCUCAGUCAUGUGAUGGAAGUAAUUGUGUGAGGAAGAGGAUGGUAGGAAGAGCCUAACGCUGCUGUGACAGAAGGACCACUUUGAGGGUUAGUUGUAGUCUUUCAGGGACACAGACAGGUGCCCCUGGGGUCAUAGCCGGUUUUAAGCUACUGUCGAGGAUGUGAUGGGCAAGAGUGCCUGGCUCUGGCUCUCCUAGAACCUUCCGGCUGCUUAGCCUAGAGGCUGGACCUGAAGGCCUCGUUUGCUUUCCGGAUAUGGUGAUGCACUGAAGGAAGGGCACACCAGAGCUUUCAAGACACACAAUCACACCGGAAGGAAGAACUGAGGUUAGGCUUACUCUUUUCCGGACUGCACUUGACAGACUCUGUGCCUUGGUGGUAAGAGUGUGAUAAGAGAUGUGCAGGAGGGAAGUGGCUUCCAGAGGUGCCGCCUGUCCAUCAUUUUGGAGUGCUCUUGAUGGUUUCUGCUCUGUGCCUGCCCUCCCCCCUGUUUACCUGCCAUUGGGACUUCCUUUAUCAUGUCAUAAAGUCUUAAAAAAUCUUGGCAAAAAGACUUUAAACUGAAAAAGAAACGGAGAAAGCUCCCUGUGCCUUUGCCCCAAACUAGUACAUCCCAUAGACACGAGAAGACUGUGACUCAGGAGGAUGAAGAGCAGGAGACUUUUCCUGAAGUUCCCAGGAGAAAAAUCAAGAGUGAGUCAGUAAUAAAACCUGUGGCCUCGGGCCUCUCAUGCCCAACGUGUGGCUGAUGAACUAGAGACCCUAGCAUUAGGAAGAAUCAUGGACGUCCAGAGUGUCCUUACUGGUUGUUGGGAGGAGACUGGAAUAAUUUCUGGAAGAGCUGCCUGAUCUGAGACCACGGGACAGGAAGAGGUGCGCUAAGGAGCAAUGGGCAGACUGGAAGCGGCUUAGGAUCUGUGCCAGUCAGCAGCCAGUCAUUUCCUGGUAUUCCUUAACGAUAGUUUCAAUAGACUUAGAAUUGAGACGGGAUUCUUCCCUGGAUCUGAUUCUCCCGGGUGAGGAGCUGAUGGCUGCAAGGGGGAAAUGACAGGAACUUGCCAGGCGCCUUUGUGCACACUGUGUAUCCUGUGUCUGAAGCUUUCCCUCCCCCAUCUCCCUUCGGGAGUUAUUCCCACAAUGUGACCUCUGCUGAUCCCUGCUUGGCCUGCUCUCCCUUCCCACUCCCAGAUUUCUUUUUCACUUAUUUAUCUGCGUUUGUGUUGUCUUUCUUCCAAAAGGACAUGGAUUCCUUUUGCGUCCUUGUCUCCCUCCCACCUAGAUAGUGCCUGGAGGGACCAGCAUACUGCUUUUAAAUGCUGGCUGAAUUGCUUUAAACGGUGGGAAGUGACCUUUCCUGUCUCAGAAUCUGUGACCCACGAAGAAAAGGAAGCCGUUCUCUGGCACGUCCCCGGUUGGGGGGAAAAGUAGAUUUUAGAAGGGACAGAGAGAAGAGCAGUAGGAAUGGAUAGAAAAUUGUCCAGAUUGAAAUCCUAAAGACGCAGAGAAACCAUCCCCAUAGACCCAUGUGGAGGAAUUUACCAGCCCGUGUAGGCUUUUGUGUAAGGAAGGGGGCCAGAAGGCCGGGUAACAGCAAAGACAGCUGGGGAGCUGGCCCCGGAAGUAGUCGGGUCAGGAGUGCUGAGAAGCCAGCCGAGCAGGACUGUGGAAACCAGCUUUUGGAAGCUGCCUCGGGAGAGUGGAGACUCAAAGAAAGUGGGGACCAGGACAAGGCCGAGCUUGGCUUCUGUGUUGUUAGUCGGAGACAGUCUUGGUACCUGACGGGGCAGCAUCCGGAGGGUUAGAGGGAGACCAUGUUGGAGAUGGGGAGGAGCCCCAAGGCGGUUACCUGGGCCAGUGAGGUGCGCAGGAGGUCCUGGAGACCAUCCUUAGUGAGUUGGGGUAGAGAACUGGGCGGAGGGGAAGGAAAGCCAUUGUCUUGACUUCCAGAAAGGGGAAUUGAGUGGAGUCUGCCUACUAUUGUCCGGUGAGCGUGAAGUCAGUUCCGGGCCCAGACAAUUGGGGGAAGUGAAUGUCCAGAAAAGGCAGGUGGGAUUCCAAAGUGCCCGCUGGCUUCGUCCAGAACGCGGCCUCCCGGGCUCUCCUCGCUUCCUUUGGCGUGGGGUCACUAAACUGGUCCGUCUGGGGAGCGGCAGAGAUGGGGUUUGCGUAGAUUGGAGCAAAACGCGGCUGUGGCUCCCGGGGUGGGUUCUGGACCCCCGCCUCAGCCCAGCUUGGACGAGCUCCCCAGCCCGGGGCCACAGGGAUCUUUGGCCUGGCCGUGGCUUUGCCCAGGACUUGGGUAAAGGUAUCGAUGCCAUGAUUCCAAGCAGAUAAAAGGGCAGAUGGCACGGGCUUAGGCCUUGGAGAAAACCUGGCGGGGGUGGGGGGGAGGAUCAGCUGCCCUUCUGGCUGGAGAUGGACUCUAAGGAGAGGAAAAGGUGCAAAGCCCUUGAGCUUGCUCAUAAAUACAAGGUGGAGGAGGCAGAGGAAACGGUCAUCUGGAACACGUCUUGGGCUUUCAGUGAACUACAAAGCAAAUGAAUCAGUCCAGACUUCCUUCCUCCCCGCCCCACCCUUCCUUCCUCCUUCUUCCUUUUUCAUUCUUCCUUUCUCUCUUCCUCCCCUCCCUCCCUCUUCCCCUGGUUUAUGAUGGCCCAUGAUAAGCUGGAGGGAUGUUGGGAGGAGAGCACCCACAGUCAGGGUGCCACGCUCGUGUUGUGAAAGGAUUGGCUGAAGGACCUUGGAGUAGUUAACCUGGGAGAGCCAUCUUUGGGGGCAAAGGGCAGGGUGUGCCUUCAGUCUUUGAAGGGCUGUCAUAUGUUCUGUGGGCCCCAGAAGGCAGAACUAGAGCCAUGGGGGGAGGGGCAGAGAGGCCCAUUUGGGCCUGCAGCCCAUUGCAAGGGGGGAUGGGUUUUCCUAAGAGGAACAUGGUAGGCUUCCUUGGGGCUUCGGCCUCCCACAAAGGCUCAAAGUCACUUGUUUUAGAGAAAAUUUUUGUGUGGAUUAGACAAGGUGGUGGAAGGGACAGGACUGUAGAGAUGAGGGAGGUGAAUCUUCAUGCCUUACAAAAGGGGAAACUAAGGACCCCAGAGGGAAAACUGCCGAUCACUUCUGUGGCAGCUGGGGGCCCGGCCAAGUCAGGAGGGCUGGCGUCUGUCCCUCUGCUGCCGUUUAUUGGAUGUGACUCGGCACAUGUUACAUAAGCUUUCUCAGGCUACGUUUUCCAAAUUUGUGAAGUGGGGAGUUGGUCUAGAGGAGCACUCUCUGAGAGUGGGAGCCAUGACAUGACCCCGCUGGCUCAAUCCCAACGGGUUUGAGGGUGGAAAGCUGGGUCCUGCCUGCCGUCCUUGAAAGAAAGGAUCAUGGAGCUUCUCUCCCCCCCUUCCCCCCCUCUGCACCAGGACCACUUUCUUCCCAAUGGGCCUUGGGGCAGCUCUGACCUCACCCCCAUCCCCCAGAUACUUUCCCUCAGAUACUUUAGAGGCCGCCCGGGGUCCGUCCCAGCAUUCCAGAACUGCCAUGUGAUAAUGGACUUCUCGCCAGCCAGAGAAUGUUUCAGAAUCAGGGAGCGUCAGCCCUGGAAGGAAACUUGGAAAGCAGCUACUCCAUUCCCCACCCUUUACAGGCAGGGAAACUGAGGCCUGCCGGAUGAGGUAACUGCCACCAAGACCGAAUCUGGUGCCGGCCAGCUGGGAGAGCUUUAAGAGAUCCCAUGAAAGAGUGACCGGUUGGCCCACUUGGCCCCGUCCUGCCUCAGACACGACCAUGUGACCAUGGAGGGGAGGACUGGCAGUCCCUCGGGAGCUCGGCUGGAAGAUUGGUUCGGCCUUGGAUCUCCGUGGAUGCCGGAAAUGGCCAGCAAAGGGCCCACGACCUCGACGUCUCCCGAGAACUCCAGCGCAGGGGGCACAAGCGGCAGCAGCAACGGCCCCGGGGAGAACAGCAGUCAGGAUAGCACGUUCGAGUGCAACAUCUGCUUGGACACGGCCAAGGACGCCGUCAUCAGCCUCUGCGGGCACCUCUUCUGUUGGCCGUGUUUACAUCAGUGGUUGGAGACCAGACCCAACAGACAGGUGUGUCCGGUGUGCAAGGCAGGGAUCAGCCGAGAUAAAGUGAUCCCUCUGUACGGCAGGGGCAGCACUGGGCAGCAGGACCCCAGAGAGAAGACUCCUCCCCGACCUCAAGGACAGAGACCGGAGCCUGAGAACAGGGGGGGGUUUCAAGGCUUCGGUUUCGGCGAUGGCGGCUUCCAGAUGUCUUUCGGGAUCGGAGCCUUUCCUUUUGGGAUCUUUGCUACUGCGUUUAACAUUAAUGAUGGGCGGCCCCCUCCAGCUGUUCCCGGGACUCCCCAGUAUGUGGAUGAGCAGUUCCUGUCUCGGCUUUUCCUGUUUGUGGCCCUGGUGAUCAUGUUUUGGCUGUUGAUCGCGUAACCGUGUGUCCGUGGCCUGGGUAGUCAGCGGCAGCAGGGCCUUUGACCCGCUUACCAGCCCUCACCCAUCCCUCCUUGAACCGUCACUGCCCGGCUCCUGAGCUCAGGCCAGGGCAUCGGCGGGGUCGGCGGCACGGGGAGGACCCUGGCUUCUGGGAGCAGAGCUUUGGAAGGAAACGAACUAGAUUUUGGUCGAUGAGUCCCCGUCUUGGAGUCCUCCCCCUCCAGCCUCGGGCCUGGCUUAGAGACCUGUGCCAGCUGGCUUGGAGGGGACUGAUCUGAGGCCGGGAGGGGCUGGGGAGAGAGGAGCCCCUGCGCUGUCAUCUGCCUCCAUCACAAAAGUAAAGGGAAGGACCGAAUGGUACCCUCUGAACUGGACUUCCUCUCCUUAGACUCUAAAACACUGUGUCCAGCGGCAGUCUGCUCCUGCCCGCCCGUGUGGACCAGCUGUGCAUAGGACAUGCCGAGGCCGGGCCUUCUGUUCCCCACCACUCUCCCAGCCCCAGCUUCCUUCCUCUUCUUCCUCACGGUUCCUCAGGUGGGCCCAGAGGCGGGCCACAGGGCUGUCUGAAUCAGCAAAGGUAGCUCUGGUGGCCUGGGGACACCAGAGUGACCUGGACACUCUGGCUUCCUCCUGGGCUCGGGCCUUGGAGGGGCCUUGGCUCCCUUCUUCCCUGCUAGAGACAGCUGGCUCUGCUCGUGGGCUUCCCGUCCUGUUCUUCCUGGGAACUGUAGCCAUGCUGGCUUCUCUCUACCAGGAGGAAUGAUGGCGAAGGCUCCUCCAGGCCCCAGAGACAAACCGCAAAGUGGGGGGGACACUUGAGCCACUAAUAUUCUUUCCAAGGUUAAGUUUAAGCUUCAGUUAUUGCAUCUCUCCCAGAUGAAAACAGGCGCUCCCAGAAGCAGCCCCGUCUGGGGUCCUCGGACCCUCCCCGCAGCCAGCUUUCUGUCAGUAAGAGCAGGGGAGCGCUCCUAGGCCCCAGGCCUGGCCGAGAUUCACUCUGCCCGCAGUGAGGCCCUGCCAGGAGAGGUCUCGGACAGGGGGUGCAGGGCGCUGGGGGUUCCCCCAAGCAAGGUCCUCUUUGUAUGUUGCCCCGGGAACCUCAGAGCCCUCAGCUCUUGGCCGAGACGCUUCCUGAGACCUGCCAAGCUCAGCGGCCUCCUGCUGCCUCCUGAAGGGAGUGAGAGGCCUGAGCCUCUCACUGCCUGAUCUUCCCUUCCUUUCUUGUACCUCUUCAUUCAGAAUCAUGGGAAGAAAGGUACCCCCAUCUAAUCAUUGGUUGGGUUUCUUGUUUUAAAAGUGCUUUUACUUUGAAUCUGAUCAAUAAGAAGGUAGGGCGCUGAACGGCUUGUGACGUACCACCUUGUCUGAUUAUCUGUCCAUCCACCCGUGUCUGUGUCUCCGCCUGCCAAAAUGUGAGGAAACUCCACUCUGGGGUGUCCCUUCCCGUGUGUGAAGCCUGCCUUCCCCAGCUCAGCUCCCCAUUAUUGGGAAAUCAGGUCCUGCAAGGAACCCAGUCCCUCCGUGCUUUGGCAUGGGGGGCAGCUCAAGCAUCAAGUCCAAAGAUACCGGGAAAAGGGAAUGAAUAUGCACCCCCACACACACACAGCUCCCCCCUCCAACCUCAGGCUCAUCAAAGCCUGAACCCAGUGUUGAAAUGUUCCAAACCCAAGUAUUCUGUAGGAGUCGCCUUAGCCGAGUCUGGGGUGGAUGGGCUCGUGGAGCCAGAUGUUUGGCUGGCACCCGCGUGUGUCAUCAGGGAACUUGUCCCCAUGAGCGCCCCCCCCCCCCCCCCCCCCCCCCCGCCCGCCCCCCGCAAUCCCCGGGCCUGGGUGUCCUUGAAGCUUAAAGCCCAGGUUGGGGAGUCCGGCACUGGCCCAGUGGUGGUACGGCGUCGCUCCUGGCUCUGUGAGGGGCAGGAGGAGGCCAGUUUGGUAAAGAAAGCGGAAUCCCCUGUAUCUACAAAAUGAUGGAAAGAGAUUAUCGGAAUUGGGCCCAGCUCACAUUUCCUUUGAGCUGCCUUUGCCAGGAGUGGGGCCGGAUGGCGGCGGCACAUUUGGAUCGCUGCUCUGGCCCUGGGCAGAGGCACUUUUGCUCCACUGGCGAUUCAGUGACCUUACACUUCCUUUCUAAUUUAAUGCGAUUCUUCCUCUACGCCCAUUUUCUCCCUUUAUUCCAUUAUAUUAGUUAGGACUGUGCUCUGGCCACAGUUAGACCAUCAAUGACUCUAUGUACCUUGAGAUACAUUUACCGGUUACUAAUUUUCACUGUUGUGAAAGUGAUUUGAUUUAGAAGAAAAAUAAAAAUGGUUUUACAUUGAAA